GGACCGGAGGGCGGAGCCAGUUUGGUUGCACCAACACCGGUACUUAGGCACGUACCGGCGUGUCCUUGGGCAUAGAAAGCGGGACGUUCGGCUUGUGAGCGGAAACUUCUCGGUCGCGCACAGAAAAAGAACGAUUUUAAAAUGGGUGAUGUUGAAAAGGGCAAGAAGAUUUUUGUUCAGAAGUGUGCCCAGUGCCAUACUGUGGAAAAGGGAGGGAAGCACAAGACUGGGCCAAACCUCCAUGGUCUGUUUGGACGAAAGACAGGUCAGGCUGCUGGAUUCUCUUACACAGAUGCCAACAAAAACAAAGGUAUCACCUGGGGAGAGGAGACGCUGAUGGAGUACUUGGAGAAUCCCAAGAAGUACAUCCCUGGAACCAAGAUGAUCUUUGCUGGCAUUAAGAAGAAGGGAGAGAGGGAGGACUUGAUAGCUUACCUCAAAAAAGCUACCAAUGAGUAAUAGUUGGCCACUGCCUUAUUUAUUAUGAAACAGAAGUGUCUCAUGACUUUUUAUGUGUACCAUAUUUAAAUUGAUCUCAUACACUAGAAUUCAGAUCGUGAAUGGCUGAUGGAAUAAUUCUGUUGGACAGUCCUGAUUUAAAUAAGAUUGGUCUGUGGCUAAACAAA